AUGAUUCCACGACUUCUUAUCUUUAUUAGCUCGGCUGCAACAGUUCUGACAACCGGUGCUUGCGGUACUGGAAUUUACCACUCACCUAUUGCCCAGUCUUUUGUCACCAUUGACCUUCAGGUUGGCUUUCCUGUUAAUACAACCACUCCGGGAGGCGUGGUUGGCUCUGUGCCUAUACGUGGAGGCAGCAUCAGCGGCCAGUUUAAUGGCCAUCUUGUGUCGAACAUCUCCUCAGAGAUUGAGCAUGUACUACCUCUCACUAGUGGAGAAUACACCUCCGUUUCAAGCCAAUGGAUUUUCGAAAAUGAAAUGAAUGAACAUAUUUUAACUACACUUUCAGGACUCACCACGUAUACUAACAAUGCUCUACAUGGACUCGGCACUGCUGUCCUGGCUACCGAAAUAAAAGAAUUUUAUUGGGUUAAUUCGGCCAGCUUCCUGAUUGAAUGGCAGGGCGAUUUUAAUACCGGAAAGGCUCAAUUUGAAUUCUUCCAAAUUACCACAGGCGGUCGCGUGGAUGGUCAACCUAUUACCGCUUUACUUCCACUGGGCGGUAAAUAA